CGUAUUGAUGUCAAGUGAUAAGGUUGUUUUAUCAUUUUAUGAACGCUUGACGUAAACGUUAAGCUGUAAACGAUAUUUACAUGGUAAUGUGAGCCCUUACAAACCACUCUACGUUCUUUUUUUUUUUCCUUUUCCUGAGGCGUACCCCAACUCCACCUGCGCUUCGAGCACUAUACCUCCUGGUCUGAAUGGUCUUGUCAAUUGAGACGCCUUACCUUCUUUCGGGCACAUUUUUUAUACGAGUUCCCUUUCUUUCUAUAGAAGACGCUGGCUCGUUUUCUUUUCUUUUCGCAUCUUUUCUUCCGAUUCCUGCUCUUUCGUGACCCUUCCCCUAUAGAGCACCUCCGCUGCCGGAAAGCUAAGCGUGUAGGGGUUCCGGCAAAAGAAAAGGAAAGAGAGACAAAAAAACGAGAAAGAAAACAGCUACGUUUGUUCGAGAGCAGUUGCAUGGUGGCUAGCACACGUGGGUUGUUGGCGUUCGAGGACCAUGGCUGCGAGUGCUUCGUCGACGCUCAUGGCUUUCUGGAACUGGGCGUUCGAUCACAACGGCCUCCUCGAUGAGAACUCUACCGCCGAACGCCGCGCCGUCCAUCCGGCAAACAGCAAUGGCGAGCCCGGCGUUGGCGGCACUGCGGCCGCUGCGACGGCCGCUAACCCAGAGGGCACAGACGCUACCGAAGCCGAGGUCGCAGCGGACGGGGUGGCCAACGCGCCGACGCGCCACGUGGGGGUGGUGGCGCCGCGUCGGGCCCAGGACGAAGAGCUGCGCAGCCUGUACUUCCAGGACGGGAAGCGCCGCAUCGACUUCGUGCUCGCCUACCAGAAGGGAGACGACUCGGGGGCCGAGAACUACCGGCGCAUCUUCGAGGACAACCUGCUCAAGGAAGGUCUGGACCUCGAACUCGAGGACGCAGCGGCGUCAAGAGACGGCAAGACCAACUUCCUGAAGAUUCACGCUCCUUGGAAAGUACUCGUAAAAUAUGCAGAGAAGCUUCACCUCCGGAUGCCAAUCAAGAAGCGGGGCAAAGUGGUCGCAUUCCCGACGGUGACUGUUGCCAAGGGCGAGAAGCCCGUCCUACCAGACCUCAAAUCUCUUGAGAGUGAAUCAACCGAAAUAGAAAACGAAGGCAAGCCCAAUGCGCUGGAAGCCAUGUGGGCCAAACUAUGGACGCCCUUCCCUUAUAACAAGGAACUCAUACCUGACGAAACACAGUACUUCAACGCCGAGUUUGUACGUCAGCGAGAGCACAUCGGUGACGAAGAAGAUGACAAUUCGUACCUAAUAAAAAACAAGGAGUCAUUUUUCUCGCAAGCCAUACGGAGCCGCAUUGCGUGGGAAGUACUUAUGCGAACUACGUACGAUGACAACGAUCGACAAAAAGGCAUUUACAGGCUCCUCAACGAACAGGUCUAUCUGGCAGCUUACCCUCUACACGACGGUCCCUGUGGCAGCGGAUCGUUCGAUCCUCUUACAGAAGUUCCUACAGAAAGAAGGCUUCUCUACAGCGAAUGGGCCCGACCGGCAUCCUGGUACAAGCAGCAGCCAUUGGUCCUUAUCAGGCGCUACUUCGGCGAGAAGACUGGCCUCUACUUCGCCUGGCUAGGUUUCUACACGUCCAUGCUAUUUCUCCCCGCUGUGGUGGGAGUUAUGACGACGUUGUACGGAAUCUUCGAAAUGGCCACGAACACACCUACGAAGGAGACCUGCGAUCCCAACAUCGCCGGAAGUUUCGUACUCUGUCCGGGGUGCAAGAAGCGCUGUACUUACGACUACCUUUACACCAAGUGCACUUUUAGCAAGAUCGUGUACAUGUUUGAUAACCCGGCCACCGUAGGAUUUUCAAUAUUCAUGGCACUUUGGGCCACCAUUUUCAUAGAAUUAUGGAAAAGACGCCAAUGCGUCCUUGGCUGGGAAUGGAAUCUCGCCGAUAUUGACACGCUCACGGACGUUGUUAACCCGGAGUACGAAGCCAAGGCAACAGUGUACAAGUUGAAUCCAGUGACUAUGAGGUAUGAACCGUACGUGCCUUUUUGGGAGAAGGCAAUCAGGAUAUCAGGGGCCAAUUCCGUCGUCCUAUUCAUGUUGUGCUUGGUCAUAUGCACUGUGUUCGGCAUCAUCGCCUACCGCAUAAUUCUGGUGGCGCUGCUGUCUCGAGACCAGAACUGGCGCGCACUGGCCCAUGUCACUACGGCUGUAACGGCCUCGAUGCUCAACCUGGUCAUCAUCUUGCUCAUGAACAGGGUAUACAGCAGGAUAGCCACCCGGUUGACAGACAUUGAACGCCCAAGGACGCAACGGGAGUACGAAGACAGCUUCACGUUCAAGAUGUUCCUCUUCACGUUUCUCAACACUUACUCUUCGCUGAUAUACAUCGCAUUCUUUAAAGGAAGGUUCUCCGGGCACCCAGGCAAGGAGGGAACACUUUUUGGAUACAGCUUGGACAAGUGCGAAGGUGGCUGCCUGUACGAAGUGUGCGUUCAACUGGCAAUAGUCAUGGUGGGCAAACAAGUCAUCAACAACAUUCAGGAAAUCGGACAGCCACUGGUCAUGAAUUGGUGGCGCUCCUGGCGGCGGGAUCACAGGGCCCGUGACAUUGGCGAUCGCAAAAGCUGCGUGGCUCGCUGGGAGGCUGACUACGUGCUGGCGCAGUGGCACACUCUCUCUCUCUUCGACGAGUACCUGGAGAUGGCCAUUCAGUUCGGAUUUGUCACCCUCUUCGUGGCCGCAUUCCCACUGGCGCCACUUUUCGCUCUCCUCAACAACAUCGUGGAAAUCCGCCUGGACGCCUACAAGUACACCUCGCAGAUGCGCAGGCCGCUUGCCGAAAGGGUGCCAAACAUUGGUGCCUGGCAGGUGAUACUUAAAGGCGUCUCCGUAUUUGCUGUCAUCUGCAACGCAUUCCUGAUCGCCUAUACCAGUGACUUCAUUCCGCGGAUGCUGUACCGCAUGGUGCACACCAAGGACCACAGCCUGCACGGGUUCGUCAACUUCACGCUGUCCUCGUUCGACACGAGCGACUUCGACGACGAGACUCGGCCGGACAAUGCUACGCUGGACGGAAUCACCGUCCACCACUGCAGGUACCUUGACUACCGUGAGCCACCCGGCUCGGGAAACGCGUACCAGCUCACCCUGACGUACUGGCACAUAUUCGCCGCAAGGCUCUUCUUCGUUGUUGUUUUUGAGCAUGUGGUCUUCUGCAUAACGGGUCUGGUGGCCGCCCUGAUACCGGACGUUCCCCGGUCGGUUCAGCAGCGGAUCAAGCGGGAGCAGAUCGUGGCGCAAGACACCAUCGCUGGACUGGACAGCAGCCAACAGUCCCAGCCCCGCAAAGGAUCCAGGAGUGGCUCUUCGGCCCACACUCUUCAAAGGAGUGUGGCCGUGUUGUGGACUGACGCGGAGUGAAGCCCGUGCUCCAGUAAGCAACCAUCGUCAUGGUCGACAACUGCCGGCGUCACUUGAAAUUCAUGGCCACUUGGCGCAGAAGGGACUGUGCUUCAGCGGAUGGCGCAGGGCUUCAUAUCUACAAAUUUUAUGGGCUUCGAACAGUUGGUUUUUACUGACGCGCCAGGCCGUGGUUGUGAUUUCACUUCGCACUCUUCGUGCAUUUCAAGAGGCGGCUUCUCAGAGGCUUACAUGCGAAGUCCUGUGUUCAAGACAAGUCCAGUGGCAUUUCCCGCCCCCACCCGUACACCUCAACGUCUUCGCCUUGCAUCUGGACUCGAAUGAAGCAUUCAGCGUCGCCUUCACUAGUACAGGAGGACGAUUUUGCUUCAGCCAUGGCAGCCGUUAUGGUCUGCGCACUACUGAUCAAGUCUUCAGGAUGACGACGGGGGGAUCGUUGCUUGCACGAACUCUUUCCCUAGUCUGUUAACUGUGUGUACCAUCCAACUCCUGGUACAAACUGCGCCGUGAACGCGCACUGUAGAGCUUGUGCCGUGGACACUCAUUCAUUCUGGUGUCGAAGGCACGGGUUUGUUGAACAAGCACCACGACAAUUGCAUAGCUGGCCAAGCGGGCAGCCGUGGUUGGUAGAACACUUCUAUUGAUAUGAAAGUUGAAAUUGUGUGCAGAGACCCCAUGACCACCCGAGGUCAGUGAUAAUGAUGUCGACGCUCUGAGAACAGAAUGAACAGUUCUACAUUUAAACAACGUCAUGCCCUUGAACCAUGAACCUGUGUGAGUGCCUCCUUUCGGUUGUAUUCAAGGAAAUGUAGCUAAAUGGGUGUCCGCGCCAAGGAAGUGCAGCUGUACGAUAGUACAUGGUUUGUGUUCCUAUGACAUCUCGCAGAAAAGAAGAGGCCUGUUUGGCUCGCCCAUGAACUUGCUAGUUCCAGUUUCGAGGCUGGACAGCACGCUGUCGAACUCUGGAGGCCGUAUCGGGCGUGGUCCGGCAUACCGGCCCGGUGGCGUAGGUCUAGCACUCCAAGGCAGAAUGCUCUCCCCAAAUGCAGGGUGGACCUUAUGACGAUAACUGUCAUAUCAGACUUUUAUUCACUUACUUGCAGUUUUCGUUCGCGAGUGGCUGUGCGCUGGUAUCGCCAAACACACACGCACACGCAUACUCGUCGAAAGCGAGAAACAUCCCAAGCCUGACGUCAAGACGCAAAAUAGUGUGGGAAAAAAGUCUGGGGACUAUCUGGUUUUUAUUGCUGUAGAUGUGUUCGAACACUGGCCUGCACUAGCUUAUAGCGUGUACACACGCCGAUAUAACGUUACUAUGAGCAGCACCAUCAGAGACUUUGUGCGGAAUCCGCCGUGGUUGCUCAGUGGCUAUGGUGUUGGGCUGCUGAGCACGAGGUCGCGGGAUUGAAUCCCGGCCACGGCGGCCGCAUUUCGAUGGGGGCGAAAUGCGAGAGCACCCGUGUGUUGCGAUUUAUGUGCACGUUAAAGAUCCCCAGGUGGUCGAAAUUUCCGGAGUCCUCCACUACGGUGUGCCUCAUAAUCAGAAAGUGGUUUCGGCACGUGAAACCCCAUAAUUUAAUAAUAACUUUGUGCGGAGCGCGUGCUGUAACCAAUAUGUGGUGAACAGUCUCAUACGGCUUAUCUGUGAAGAUGAAGUAACAUGGUACGUUCCGCUCCUGCAAAUAACUCCUUCUUUUUUUUUUAAAGUUGACGGGAACAACAAUAACUCCAUCAUCGAGCCUUUCUCUGUAGUUUUCACUGUGGCGUCCCUAAAGAACGAACGACGCCUGCAUGUGGUUUUGGUUUUCUUUUUGAUGUCUCUAUCCUUACUUCUGAGAUAACAUGUUGGCAUGUAUUAGGAGAAACAAUGAUACAGAAACAUCAACAUUUCCUACGGCUAUGGUCGGUGCAGUUCAGUUUUCAAAUAUUCGUAUGCACUGAAUGAUCAAUAGCGCCUACUAAGCGAAUCAUCAGCCUGGUGCCGGCGUUUCCAAAAGGGCACUUUAAUGUCUUCACGAAGACAAGGUCCCCUAUGCGAAAACGUCGUCUCCAAGCUGAGGCUUCUUUUGUUUGCACCACGUUGUUGAUCAACUCGUCUUAAUACAGACAACGGCCACGGCCACUUCAUAUUGCUUCUCUAAGGUCCUUUGUAUUCGUAUGGUGGCAAUUAUCACAAAUUCUGUAUGGCAUCUUUAGUGGGAUUUCUUGUAAGUAUGAUGCUGUUAUGACCACUAUAGUAAGUCAGUUUAUGUAAAUGAGAGGACGAAAGGCAGGAAAUAAUAUAUCUUCCCCAGCAUAACUGUGGCCCUAGUCCUGGUCUCUUUGGUGGGCUUUGGCCUCCUAGCCUAGGAUAUUCAUUGUGCCAUACCAAAAGCAACCACCACGCUUUGACUAACAGUCGGGGAAACGGCGACUAAGUCCUUUUAGAUGCUGAGGCACUUAUGUAUGGCCUCUGAGAACAGGUGGCGCAACAGUUGGUGCGGUCACCACGUCUCGGAGGUCAUGGCUCAUGAAGCUUGACGACUGGUCUCGUCAAAGGGUAUCGCUGUAUUUCUUUUUAUAUAAUGUGCCUAAACAUUGAGGUUGUAUCACUUCAUACGUGUUCUUUGAAAAAUAAUGGUUGUAUUUAUUGCGGGAAGUUAAUUGAAUUAUGUAUUGCCAGUGUUGUAACACAAGUACUCUCGCUGUAGACAGGACGGGUGAAUACAGUGGAUAGCAGCAGUGUGUGCUCAAUAUAAUUGGUUCAAGAACUGCACCACUACGUGUCAACAAACUGCGAAGUACAAUCUCGGCCUGCUGUGCACAUUUUGAGUGCUCGAGACUUGUUCUUGCUUUCUCCAUUGCUGCAGGGGAAGCUCCGCACAAAAAUAAAAAUCAU